GAAUAAUAUUGAAAUUUUGAAAACGAUUAACCGAAAUUACUGGACUCUCUUUCUCUUUCUCCUCCUAGAGAAACUGCUCUCUCUCUCUCUCUCUCUCUCAUAUUGGAUGGUGAAUCAGAACUACUGUUGAGCGUUAUCCCCCAAAAAGCUUAACAGAAUCUCCGCAUCUACGUAAUUACAUUCAUCUCUAUCUAUUCAACACUUUCAACCGCCUGGUUUGAUCUGAAGAUAUUUCUGCUAGAAUUUGUUUAUGAACUGGAAAUUGUUUGUUUCUGCAAUUGAAGAAUCUGAGGGUGAUUGGUUGCUCGAUCUACUUCAGUGAUUGCCAUUGUCUCUUAUAAUCGCGAUUCGAGGGUUUGCUGACAUGAGAAUUUGCGAUUUGAUGUGAUGAUCGUAGAUAACUUCCAUUUCCCUUCGAAAAUUAACUAUUUCCCAACUGAUACUUCCGAGAGCUGUUAUGUCAUGAUACGUCACCAUUACGUAUUUUUGGGAAAGUUAAGGUGAAACGAUAGUUUAGAAAGUGCUUUCGAAAGCCAAAUUUGUUAAAGUGGGCUGCAUAUUUGGAUAUGAGAAGGCGCUUGAUUAAAAAACUGUGUAUGGUUUUUGGCCCUAGAUUGCCAAGGAUAUGGUUAAUCCUUUGUCUUGCUAGUGUUUUUGUACUUAUUGUUUUCUCCAGUUCUUCUUCUUCUUCAUCUUCUUCUAGUUCCUUCGACUCUGUCACAGUGACUGUAAAGCCAGACAUUUAUGCAAACUACAGAAGACUAAAAGAGCAAGCAAUAACCGACUAUUUGGAUUUAACUAGUUUAUCUUCAGGGUCUAGUAACCUGAAAGAUCUUAAGCUUUGUGGAAAAGAAAGAGAACACUAUGUUCCUUGCUACAAUGUAUCUGCAAAUAUGUUAACCGGGUUCACAAAUGGUGAUGAGUUUGAUCGACAUUGUGAAGUAUCACAAGGUGAACCAUACUGUUUGGUUCGCCCUCCAAAAGACUAUAAAACCCCUCUGAGUUGGCCAGUUGGUAGAGAUGUGAUAUGGAAUGAAAAUGUCAAGAUAACAAAAGACCAAUUCCUUUCUUCCGGGAGCAUGACAAAAAGGUUAAUGCUAAUGGAAGAGAACCAAAUUUCUUUCCACUCAGAUGAUGGAUUAAUGUUUGAUGGUGUCAAAGAUUACUCCCACCAAGUUGCAGAAAUGAUAGGACUAGGGAGUGAUACGGAAUUUCAUCAAGCUGGUGUACGCACAGUAUUAGAUGUUGGUUGUGGGUUUGGUAGCUUUGGGGCUCAUUUGCUUUCACUGAAACUAAUGACUGUAUGUAUGGCUGCAUAUGAGUUGACUGGUAGUCAAGUUCAAAUAUCACUUGAAAGAGGUCUUCCAGCUAUAAUUGGCAACUUCAAUUCAAGACAGCUUCCAUUUCCAUCAUUGUCAUAUGACAUGGUUCAUUGUGCAGAAUGUGGUAUUCUAUGGGAUGCCAAAGAUGGAUUGUUUCUUAUUGAAGCUGAUCGUGUACUUAAGCCUGGAGGCUACUUUGUUUUACAUGGAAGUUCUUUAAGUACAAAAAAAGGAAGCAUGGCUAGUCCUAUUGAAGAAUUCACCCGUAAAAUCUGUUGGACAUUUAUAGCUCAACAAGAAGACACUUUCAUCUGGCAGAAAACAAGUGACCCUCAAUGCUACUCAUCUAGCAUGCAGGGUGUAAUUCCCCCUUGUAGAGAAGAAAGGGAAGAUGUACAUUCAUAUUAUCAGCCACUUGCAUCUUGUGUGAGUGGGACUACAAGCAAACGAUGGGUACCUAUUCAGAACAGGUCUUCCAGUUCCCAAAUUACCCCUGCUGAGCUUGAAAUAUAUGGAAAGAAUUCAGCAGGAUGAAUUUUAUGAAGACUUUGAAACUUCAUUAUCAGCUUUAAGAAACUACUGGUCUUUGCUUACACCAUUAAUUUUUUCUGAUCAUCCAAAAAGACCAGGUGAUGAAGAUCCUUUACCUCCAUAUAACAUGAUAAGAAAUGUGAUGGACAUGAAUGCACAUUAUGGUGGAUUAAAUUCUGCAUUUCUUGAAGAAGGAAAAUCAGUUUGGGUGAUGAAUGUUGUUCCCAUUAGAGCUCCUAAUACUAAUACACUCUCAGUUAUACUCGAUCAAGGUUUUGCUGGUGUUUUGCAUGAUUGGUGUGAACCCUUUCCCACUUAUCCAAGAACAUAUGACAUGCUUCAUGCAAAUGGGCUCCUUUCGUAUCUUAUCUCAGAAAGAUGCAGCAUCACAAACCUACUUUUGGAGAUGGAUCGUAUCCUACGCCCUGAGGGAUGGGUUGUUCUCUCGGAUGAAGUGGGGUCCAUAGAGAAGGCACGUAUGAUUGCUACACAAAUACGAUGGGAAGCGAGGGUCAUUGAUCGUGAAAAUGGUAGUGACCAAAGAAUACUCGUUUGCCAAAAGCCGUUUGUAAGAAAAUGAAUCAUGCGAUCCACGAAACAUCCAACAUUCCUCGAAUCAUCCGAUGCUAGAAAACUCUGGAGGCGAAAGUUAGGUGAGAAGGUUUAUAGAGUUGAUAUUUUUGGCAUGGGAUAUUGGUAGAUAAAAAAGAAAUUGAAAGUGAAAGUGAAAGUGAAGCAAUUACGAGAUGUAGAUUAAAGAAAGUUUUGGUGCCACGUAGCCUUUGAUUAUCUUGUUUUUGAAACUUUUCCAAAGGAAUUGUAGCAAUUCAUUCACCCAAAUUUGUUUUUGUUUUUGUUGAGUAUUUUUGUAACCCGAAUUACGUUUUGUAUUGAACAUUAUCAUCAUCUCUUGAGUGAAUAGGUGGCUUUGGGCACAUUUUGUUAUGGCUUUGUAGUGUUUUAAUUGGAUCAUUUGUCACAAAAAUGGUUAAAAUUUGAUUUGAUUUUUAUGUUUGA